AUGGUUUGGGGUAGUCGAACACCGAAGGCCACUGGGCCGCUCGAAGGCAUUGAAGCCGUAUCCAGUACGAAUUCCGAUAACCGCGAGUCUCCAGUGACCGAGAAGAAAAUACCAUACAGUGAGGACAUUGACAUCACGGUCGCGACGGCAGAUGUGCCAAAAAUCGCAAAAUCACAUCAAUGGGACCCAAACUUACCGCAGGAGGAGUUGAAGGUUCUUCAAGAUGCUGUCGAUACGGGUGAUGUCGAGGCAAUCAAGAAAACGGAAGCGAUGUUCGCGGAAGACUCACCGUAUGCAGAAGUUCGUGCUGCAGUAAGGCCUGAAGAUACUGGUGGUCCUGCAAACACUGUGAGAGCCUGGAUCCUUGGCAUGAUCGCAGUGACAAUAUGUAGCGGAUUGAAUAUGUUUCUGAGCAUGAGGAGUCCAGCUGUUGCCAUUCCGGCUGUUGUGGUUCAACUUCUAGUAUAUCCAAUUGGUUGCUUUUGGGCGAAAGUCGUCCCUACCCGUAUUUUCAACACAUUUGGCGUGAAAUGGACUUUCAAUACGGGACCUUUCAAUAUCAAGGAACACACUGUCAUUACGCUCAUGGCAAAUGUAUCUAUCAGUUUCGCGUAUGCUACCGAUGCAUUACUUGCGCUCGCAGGAAAACCGUUCUACAAUAUUCAAAUGGGAUGGGGCUUUCAACUACUCUUUACCAUUAGCAGUCAGGUCAUUGGAAUUUCUCUGUCGGGAAUUUUCCGUCGGUUUCUUGUUUGGCCAUCGGCUAUGCUCUGGCCAGGAAUAUUUUCUAAUGUAGCGCUCUUCUUUGCAUUGCACGAUAAGUCAAAAUCGGAUGCCUCAAAAACGAAUGGGUGGACUAUUUCUCGUUAUAGAUGGUUCAUCUACAUCACCGUGGGCUCCUUUUGUUGGUACUGGGUUCCGGGAGUUCUCUGGCAAGGCUUGUCAGUUUUUGCAUUCAUCACUUGGAUCAAGCCGAAUAAUGUCGUACUCAAUCAGUUAUUUGGAGGAUAUACUGGAUUGUCGCUCAUACCUAUAACUUUUGAUUGGACAUAUGUUUCGGGAUAUCUCCUUGAUCCUCUGCUGGCACCAGCUCAUGCUCAUCUCAACACCAUGAUCGGGCUUAUCGUUUUCGUGAUUCUGUCUGCCAUUGGCAUAUCCUAUACCGGAUCGCUAUACGCAGAUUACCUUCCAAUCAACACUUCCUCCAUAUUCGACAACACCCAAAGUUUUUACAAUGUGAGCAAGAUUCUUACGCCAGAAUAUACUUUCGAUCUCUCCAAGUACGAAGCAUACUCACCUAUGUUUCUCGCGCCAACCUUUGCUCUGAAUUAUGGACUGUCUUUUGCAGCGCUUACCGCUGCCAUAGUUCAUACUGCCAUAUUCCAUGGGAAGGAGGUAUGGUACCGAUUUAGAGCAGCCAGAAACCAAGAACCAGAUAUCCAUAUGAAAAUGAUGGCCAAAUACAAAGAAUGUCCAGAUUGGUGGUAUGGAGUUUUGCUUGUUAUUUCAGUUGCUUUGGGAUUAGCUUCGGUUCUAGGAUAUGAGUCGCAGAUGCCAUGGUGGGCUUUCUUCGUGUCGAUUAUCGUUGCGGCGGUCUUUGUGAUUCCACUAUGUAUGAUCAUGGCGACAACAAACAUCAUGCUAUCUCUUAACGUCAUUUCUCCCUUCUUGGCAGGUUUCAUGAUUCCAGGCAAACCCAUUGGAGUCAUGAUUUUCAAAGUCUUCAGCACCAUUACUCUAGGACAAGCACAAACUUAUACUGGAGACUUGAAGAUGGCACAUUACAUGAAAAUCCCACCGAGAACCGUGUUUACUUGCCAGGUAGUGGCGAGCAUAUGGGCUUGUUGCGUUCAAAUUGCGGUCAUGAACUGGGCACUUGGUGCUAUCGAUGGGAUUUGCACCACCUCUCAAUCGGCUCACUACACUUGUCCUAACGGAAAGACAUUCUUCUCCUCCAGUAUUACAUGGGGUGUCAUUGGUCCCAGUCGAAUGUUCGGUCCCGGUUCCAUCUACGAAGCGAUUCAGUACUAUUGGCUCCUUGGUGCUCUACUCCCGAUCUUCUUCUUUGGCCUAAUUAAAGUAUUUCCACGCUCGCCCAUGAGGCUUCUGAACGCACCGGUUAUGCUUGGUGCAAUGGCAUGGCUUCCGCCUGCAACACCGCUAAGCUUUUCGACCUGGGCAGCAGUAGGGUUGAUUUUCAAUUACUGGAUUCGAAAACGCUGGUCAGGCUGGUGGCAUACUUACAACUAUAUCACCGCAGCUGGUCUCGAUACUGGGCUCGUUUUGUCGACCAUUAUCAUCUUCUUCGCCAUCACUUUACCAAAUGUUACAAUUCCACAGUGGUGGGGUAAUGUCGCGGUUUAUGAAACUACGGAUGCGCUGUAUACUGCGGUACGGAAAACGGUGGCUGAGGGUGAGACAUUUGGUCCUGCUAAGUGGUGA